UGUCACGUGAUGUUGGUACUCUAGGUGUGUCAUCCUUUGAUGAAGGAGAGCGAAUUUAUAACUGACAUGCACCUGCGAGCUGAAGAUCGUAUGAAAGACCUGAAAUGCGGCUUAUCGUAUUUCUGUUGAGUGCCGUGUGCGCCGCCACUAUGACAGGAGCAAGUCUCAGAAGCAGGAGGGAUGCCGGGUACCUAGGGAGCCGACUGGCCCUGGACAAGAUGCUCAUGGACGUCGACACAGACAACAACUCCAUCAUCAUCCGCUCAGAACUCUUCAACAACCAGGGGCAGGGGGAUACAGAUAAUAACGGAUUCAUUUCUCGCUGUGAGUGGGUCAAUCGCGCUGUCGACAUAUACGACGACUCUAAACUUGCCGCACUCAACUACUUCGACAUCAUCGACACCAACAGAGACAACAAACUGACGACAUCGGACACGGAUUUCCCCUCGUUGGACGCUGAUGGUGACAGGGAGGUCUCAAUAUCAGAACUUCGUCAAGUUUUACAACGGGAUUACACAAUGGCUAUCGAUUCAGCAGCAUAUAAGAAGCUUGAACAGCUUUCUCGCGUGGCAGCGCCUCAAGGAGGAGACAUCAAGUCUACACUCAGAAUUGACCUCAUCAAAAAGGACGUGGAUUCUAACAAUGACGGCGACGUCACACGAACUGAACUACAGGCUCACUUCAUAUCCAGCUUUGACAAAGAUGAUGAUUACAAGGUUACUCGUUGUGAGUUUGUCGGUGGCUCUGUCGCGAGGUACGCGGACAGAAAGGAGGUGGCCAUUGCUGCCUUCGACAACCUUGACAUCACUCAGAACAACUACAUCGACAUUAACGACAUCAAACUCUCAAGAUUUGACCAGGACGGAAGUGGAAAAUUGACAGUUGAAGAGUUUGAGGUCGCUGUAAUACAGGCUGACUGGGUUGCGCUCAAGAAGGUGUACCCUCAAGCUACGACCCCUGCCCCGCCAACAGGAGGCGCUGUCUCCCCCUACCCCUCAAUGUUACUUGCUGGCUGCAUCUUCGUGCUCAAAGUGUGGACAUGAGUGACCUCUGUUCUUUAUUUGCUUACAACAUUUUUUCAGAGGUAAUUUCUUAAGGUUGCAAAAACAAAUGUCAAGUGUGAUUUUUUAUGUUAUUCUUCAAUAAAAUCAAUGCAUCAGCAAUGUCGGAACAAUUUUGAAUUUAUGUAUUUUUAUUACGUGUAUGCAUAGAUAUUGAGACACGUAGAAUGGACAAUGAUCAGCAAAUAUUGAAGAUCUCAAUCGCCGUAUGAUUCGUUCUCAGACAGUGUUUAUAUGAAUGUUACUGUCAUUAGGUCACACACGUAACUCAUUUGUGUUGGAAUGUUUAUGUUAAUACUUUCAGGCAAUAAAAAGUGAUAAAGAGAC